UAUUCGGUCUCAGUUGAACUUAGUCAGCGGCCGGCGAACUCGUGUGUGAAUUUUGUUUGUGUUUCAACGGAAAAUUUAAGUAAUCAAAAUGUGUGACGAAGAUGUUGCUGCGUUGGUUAUCGACAACGGCUCCGGCAUGUGUAAGGCCGGGUUCGCCGGUGACGACGCCCCCAGAGCUGUCUUCCCCUCCAUCGUCGGUCGUCCCCGUCAUCAGGGUGUGAUGGUCGGUAUGGGACAGAAGGACAGCUACGUCGGUGACGAGGCUCAGUCCAAGAGAGGUAUCCUCACCCUCAAGUACCCCAUCGAGCAUGGUAUCGUCACCAACUGGGAUGACAUGGAGAAGAUCUGGCAUCACACCUUCUACAACGAGCUCCGUGUGGCCCCAGAGGAGCACCCCGUCCUCCUGACUGAGGCUCCCCUCAACCCCAAGGCCAACCGUGAAAAGAUGACCCAGAUCAUGUUCGAGACCUUCAACUCUCCAGCUAUGUAUGUGGCCAUCCAGGCUGUUCUGUCUCUGUACGCUUCCGGUCGUACCACGGGUAUUGUUCUGGACUCUGGUGAUGGUGUCACCCACACUGUCCCCAUCUACGAGGGUUACGCCCUUCCCCACGCCAUCAUGAGACUGGAUCUCGCUGGACGUGACCUCACAGACUACCUCAUGAAGAUUCUCACUGAGCGUGGUUACUCAUUCACCACCACCGCUGAGAGAGAAAUCGUCAGGGACAUCAAGGAGAAACUCGACUAUGUAGCUCUCGACUUCGAGCAGGAGAUGGCUACUGCUGCCUCUUCAUCCUCCCUGGAGAAGAGCUACGAGCUUCCCGACGGUCAGGUCAUCACCAUCGGAAACGAGAGAUUCCGUUGUCCAGAGGCCCUCUUCCAGCCAUCCUUCUUGGGUAUGGAAUCUGCUGGUAUCCAUGAAACAACAUACAACUCUAUCAUGAAGUGCGAUGUUGAUAUCCGUAAAGACUUGUACGCCAACACUGUUCUCUCAGGAGGUACCACCAUGUACCCCGGCAUCGCUGACCGUAUGCAGAAGGAGAUCACAGCCCUUGCCCCCAGCACAAUGAAGAUCAAGGUCAUCGCACCCCCAGAGAGGAAAUACUCCGUCUGGAUCGGAGGCUCCAUCUUGGCCUCCCUGUCCACCUUCCAGCAGAUGUGGAUCAGCAAGCAGGAGUACGAUGAGUCCGGCCCAUCCAUUGUACACAGGAAGUGCUUCUAAAUUGUAGGACUCCUGAUAGUAUUACGUACGGAACUGUUAUGCAAACAACCUGUCAUGUCUGUGUUCAAAUGCACACACACACAACCAAAUAUGUUGGCGCCAUCGCUCAAUUUCGACCUGUGAACUAUGCUCAACAGCCCAAAUAAGACCCUAGCCUGAUACGUGUGUAUCACACUGGCUGUGUCGUCGAUCAAACUUGUACAUGUAUUCAUCUCUGUGCAAUUGGUCAUAUCCUUGUUAUGUCACUUUUUUGAAGUUUUUUUUAUAAAAAUGUUAAAAUGCAUUCCUGAAUAAAAAAAAUAGCAAAAACCUCA